UUCGGUGUGCAAAUAGAACUUCCCUUAAUGAAAAUGCUUUUGGUUUCACAAAGUCUUUGUGAUUUAUACAGGAGUAUAAGUACGUCUACUUCUUUAGUAUCCAUACAUAUAGGAAGCAACUCGAUCGAUCACCAUACUAGAUUUUAUGGUUGUCCAAAAUGAGCUCUGAUAAACCUCUCCAUGUAACCCAUGUCAAAACCCAAACCAUAAUCAUCAACAGGUUAUACACACUCUUCCACUCCAUAGCCAUAACCAUCCUUCUCUACUACAGAAUCUCCUCCAUUCUUACUCUACGUCACACAAAAACACCACAAGUCCCGUUCAUUCCUCAUCUAUUAAUCUUCGUCUCCGAAUUCAUACUCUCAUGUAUAUGGCUUCUUAGCCAGUCAUUCCUAUGGCGACCCAUCACUAGAACCGUGUUCCCAGAGAGGUUGCCACAAGAUGACCAACUUCCAUCUAUAGACGUAUUCAUAUGUACCGCGGACCCACAAAAGGAACCGCCACUUGGGGUUAUGAACACGGUUUUGUCAGCUAUGGCUUUGAAUUACCCGGUUGGGAAGCUUUCGGUUUAUCUUUCUGAUGAUGCGGGUUGCUCUGUGACCUUGGAAGCCUUGCAAGAGGCUUGGAAGUUUUCCAAGACGUGGGUGCCGUUUUGCAAAAAGUAUGGUGUAAAAACGAUUUGUCCGGAGGCUUAUUUCGGUAAAGGGGAGCUUGAUGAUGAUAACAAGGCUAAUACGGUCAUGAAAAUCGACGAGUUUGGAUCCGAGAAAGAUAGGAUUAAGGAAGAGUACGAAUUAUUUGUUCGGAAAGUGAUCAAGAUUUCAGAAAGCGAAAGAUGCGUAUCAAACAAGAACCAUUCUGCUGUCGUUGAGGUGAUGUUUGAUGAAAGCAGAGGCGAUCAAAGACAAGUGCCUCUUCUUGUUUAUGUUUCUCGUGAAAAGAGGCCGUCUUAUCCUCAUCUCUUUAAGGCCGGAUCCCUCAACGCCCUUUUGAGAGUGUCGAGUCUGAUAAGCAAUUCACCGUAUAUACUAGGCUUGGACUGUGACAUGUAUUGCAAUGACGAAAACUCAGCACGUCAAGCUAUGUGUUUCCAUCUAGACCCCAAGUUAUCUUCUUCCCUGGCUUUUGUCCAAUUCCCACAAAUGUUUCAUAACAUCAGUAAACAUGAUAUUUACGAAAGUGAGUUGAGAUGCACAUUCAAGACGUUGUGGCAAGGGAUGGACGGAAUCAGUGGACCUUGUUUGUCUGGAACUUGUUAUUAUAUAAAAAGAGAAGCAGUAUUGUAUGGCCUGCCGCCUUCAACGCUAAAAGACACCAGCUUAGAGAAACUCAAGCAGUCUUUUGGCUCAUCUACCAAGCUCAUCAAAUCUCUUCAACUGAAACACAAUGCAAAAAUGGAUCUUGGCAAGAACUUGACUAGUAGCUUGUUGCAAGAAACAAUGUUUUUAGCCUCUUGUGUGUAUGAGAAAGACUCAAAAUGGGGGAUUGAGGUUGGUUUUAGAUACUUCUCCGUCGUCGAAGACUACUUCACAAGCUUCAUUACGCAUGGAAAAAAAUGGGUAUCAGUUUACUAUAUGCCGUCACGACCAUCUUUCCUAGGAGCUGGCACUACAAGUCUAAACGAUGUUCUGAUUCAAGGUACUAGAUGGACUGCAGGGUUGAUUGAAGUUGCACUUUCAAGGUUCUCUCCCAUUAUCUAUGGACCAUCAAGAAUGCCUGUUCUUCAAAGCUUUUUUUAUGCAUGGUUGGCUUCAUUUCCCCUCGCUUUCAUACCAUUGUGGAUUCUAGCCACCAUUCCACAGCUCUCCUUGCUCUAUGGUGUUACCGUAUAUCCUGAGGUUAAAAGCGUCUUCUUCCUCGUCUUUCUCUCUGUGUUUGUAUUAUCAAAUUUACAACACUUGAGAGAGAUCCACUCGACAGGAGCUUCCCUGGAAGCAUGGAAACAUGAGCAAAGGGUAUGGAUGAUGAAAGGAAUCACAUCUCAUCUUUAUGGAAGCAUUCAUGCAAUUAUGGAAAAACUUGGUGCAAAAGAAGCAAGUUUCCUACCAACAAAUAAAGUGAUUGAUGAUGAUCAAGAAAAACUAUAUCAAAUGGGCAUGUACAAUUUUCAAACUUCAAGUAUGUUUCUUCUCCCCCUUUCUUCUUUGAUCAUCCUCAAUCUUCUAGCGUUUGUGGCUGGGAUAGUUAAAGUGACGUUUCAAAGAGAACACAUCAACGAGAUAUUCGUACAAACGUUCCUCUCGUUUUACAUUACUUUGAUGGGUUAUCCGGUGCUCGAAGGUAUGUUGAUAAGGAAGGACAAAGGAAGAAUUGCACCGAGUGUAAGUUGUUACUCAGUUGUAAUUUCAAUUAUUAUAUUGUCGUUUGGAAAACUUCUUGUUACCUAUUGAUUAGUUGCUCGUAACGUCAAAAAAAAUAAAAAAUAACAGAACUCCAGAUUUUUUAUAAGAUUUGGUAUCAAAGAUCGUACUUUAUUGGAAUUGUCA